GCGACGGUGGCGGCGGCGGCGGCAGCGGGUUCGGUUGCGCGUGGCGCACGGGGUGGGAGCGGAGCCCAGGCCGGGUGCAGGCGCUGCCGCCAGCGACCAUGGGGAACGUCUUGGCCGCUAGCUCGCCUCCCGCAGGGCCGCCGCCGCCGCCCGCGCCCGCCCUCGUGGGACUGCCGCCGCCUCCGCCCUCUCCUCCGGGCUUCACGCUGCCGCCACUCGGGGGCGGUCUGGGCGCUGGGGCUGGUGCGGGUCGAGGUUCGGAAAGGACCCCCGGUGCUGCGGCCGGCAGCGCCGCAGGGACUGCGGACGAUGGGGCCUGCGGCUGCCUGCCCAACCCGGGCACGUUCGAGGAGUGCCACCGGAAGUGCAAGGAGCUGUUUCCCAUUCAGAUGGAAGGUGUCAAGCUCACAGUCAACAAAGGGUUGAGUAACCAUUUCCAGGUGAACCACACGGUAACCCUCAGCACAAUCGGGGAGUCCAACUACCACUUCGGGGUCACGUACGUGGGGACAAAGCAGCUGAGUCCCACAGAGGCAUUCCCCGUGCUGGUGGGUGACAUGGACAAUAGCGGCAGCCUCAAUGCUCAGGUCAUUCACCAGCUGGGCCCUGGCCUCAGGUCCAAGAUGGCCAUCCAGACCCAGCAGUCCAAGUUCGUGAACUGGCAGGUGGAUGGGGAGUACCGGGGUUCUGACUUCACGGCCGCCGUCACUCUGGGGAACCCGGACGUCCUGGUGGGUUCAGGUAAGAGACGCAGGGCUUGGAGGGUAGAUCUCAGUCCCAGCUUUCCCAGCACGUCCAGUCCCUUGUCUGGACAUCCUUUCCCACCGUCCGGAAAUGGCCAGGGGCAGACGUGAGCUCGAAGCCUCCCGCAGUCUAGCAUUUGAGCGCAAGCGAGCAGGUUCAAACCCCAGUUCUGCCACUGACUUCGCUGCGGUCGUGGGCGAGUUCCAUCACCUCUGUGGGCCUCCGUUUCCUCAUCUGCCCCACAGGCUGGUUAAGUUCGUUUAAGUUCAUCCGUGUGAAAAAAAAACUUCAAGUGGCGUGGGACACGAAAUGGGUCCCAGGGAAACGUGAGCUGCUCUGACUGCUUACGGGCUUGGAUUGUUGGGCUGCAUAGAUAACGGGGAGGGUGAGUCCCCGUGCAGUUGUGGGGGCGGGGGGCCGGCAGUCUUGAGACAGAAGCGGCCGAGGAAAGUUCCCAUUCGGGUUGGUGUGGGCAGGGACCGACCGACCUGUGUCUGUACGUCUGGUCUCUCCUUGGUUCCCCUUUUUUCUGGCUCUGCGUGUCUGAUUUCUCAACAUUCAUAAUGCGUGUUGCCUGGGCGUGUACCGUGCACGUUCCAGGCCCUGAGGAGAAGGGAGCAAAGGAGAGUUAAGUCUGCCCUCUGGGAGCUUCCAUUCCAGAGGACGCAGAUGCUGGCAAAGCAUCGCGUAAAAGACAAGGUGUCCGUGUCAGGCGAUAGGGGCUGGGAAAGACUAGGGCCUUCGAAAAUGGGGUCCUCGGGGCACCUGGGUGGCGCAGUCGGUUAAGCGUCCGACUUCAGCCAGGUCACGAUCUCGCGGUCCGUGAGUUCGAGCCCCGCGUCGGGCUCUGGGCUGAUGGCUCGGAGCCUGGAGCCUGUUUCCGAUUCUGUGUCUCCCUCUCUCUCUGCCUCUCCCCCGUUCAUGCUCUGUCUCUCUCUGUCCCAAAAAUAAAUAAAAAACGUUGAAAAAAAAAAUUAAAAAAAAAAAAAAAAGAAAGAAAAUGGGGU